AUGGUUGGAAUGAAAGGCGUAUCAUUUUCAGUACCCGAUCAACAGAAAUCAAAUCUUUGGAUUAUUGAAAACACGAAUGAUGGACAAAUUUAUACAAUAGAUCUCGAUUCAGAACGAUGUUACAAAUCAACAAUGCCAAUUAAGCCAUUGCGUUGUAUACCAGAUUCAGCAACUUAUUUACAUUCAUUUUCAUAUGGAUGUGGUAAUAAACAAAUUCCUGCUGAUACAUGGCUUGUAAAAAUAGAUAAUGUCCUUAACUCUGCAACUGUUAGUCAUGAUGGUCUUUGUGUUCCGUUGACUGGACAUAGUUUCCUUGCACAACCUCGUAAGAAAUUAUUUCAUCGAAAAAAAGGAACCACAAGUUCAAUAACUCAAAAAACUCGUGAAUAA